GUUAUUAAGUAUGUUGUGGUUAUGUAAUUUCAGGAGAUACCCAGUUUCUGUUAUAAGUCUGUCAUUGAGCUGUAUAUUAUUAAUAACGGCCUAAACCGUUCAAAGGAAAUACUAUGGGAAGUCUUUGCGAAGCAUGAAUUAUUGCUUCAAUAAUGUUUACAGCUUCGAAAUUGUUAAAAUGACGACUUAGGGAAGUAAAGAAGCUUCCAAGCAGGAUAAGCCGAACCGACAGUUACUACUAGUACGACUACUCAGGGCUGGUAGUGAUGCUAUCGUAACUUCGUUAUUACGUUCAUAAGCUUAACUUUUGAUAUGUGCAUCACAAUGGUAACUAAUUAUUGAAUUGACAUGUAUGUGACGUUGGUUAAACCUGAAAAUGAAAUUUGUUUGUAGCAGACGUUUUACACAGAUCUAAAUUUGUAGUAAUUUACGCGCUAAAGUGAAAGUGGCAAAAACAAUGCAAGAAAAAAGUUCUAAAAGACAUAAUAAUAUAGCUUCUAUAGAUAAGAGAAAUUUCAGAGGAGAAGAUGGGAAUAAAAUAAAGAAUCAAUCAAAUUCAUUAAAAUGGAAUAUGAAUAAAAUUUUCAGGCCUUGGCCUGUACAUAAAAAAGAUCAAACUGACAGUGAGAGUGGAAAUGGUUUUUGGCCAUUCACUGGGUUUUACAUUUACAUUGCUUACAUAUUUGCAGUAUGUGCAGUGAUAUUGGGUCUUUUACUUAACAAGCAAGGAGAAGGGGCUCCAGAUUCUUGUUUUCAGUUUAACAGAUUAGAUUCUUGUUACUUUAAUGACACUAAACCCUACAGAUUAUAUGGAAGCAAGACAACGUACAGUGUAGCAAGAGGGUCUUCUUCAAUUAAACCACUGGAAAAUAAUGACUCAGAAUGUGAACCAGUUUUCCUAUAUUUAUUAAAUCGACAUGCCACACGCUAUCCCGAUGCAGAGGACAUAGUUGAAAUGGGUGAACGUCUUGUGAUUUUACAAGGCUUGUUAUCGAAUGCAAUAGAACAUGGACAAGUUCACAUGUGUCCUUCUGACAUCUCUGAAAUCCUGUCUUGGAAAAUCAACAUGAUACCGAGUGAUGACAACUCUGUAAGUGACAGUGGGAAAGAAGAGGCUGAAGAUCUAGCAAGAAGACUAAAAAUGGCAUUUCCAACUUUGUUAUCAAGAAACUACACUUCAUCUGAUUUUGAAUUUGGUUUUACCAGUAGAGUACGAACUAGAACCACAGCAGAAGCAUUUGCUAAAGGACUAUUUGGAGAAGCUGCAUUAGAGAUAGAAUAUCCAGAACCAAAAGAUGAUAGGCUUCAAUUUCACAAGCUAUGCAACAAAAUAAUCAAAGAAAGUGGAGUUAUAGACAAAGAAUAUGAGGAAUUAACAAAAUUUGAUGAUGGUUACCUGAUGGAAAGUGUUCGAAAAAGUGUUUCCUGGCGGUUAGGGUUUAAUGCAACCAGAAAGGAUGUAAAGUUGAUGCGUAAUACCUGUCGAUUUGAGUUUGCUCUGUUUGGUGCUUCUCCAUGGUGUGCGGUAUUCAACACAGAAGAGAUAAAGGUUUUAGAAUUCUGGGAUGAUCUUGAUGAUUACUACGAGGACAUCUAUGGCAGUGAACGCAAUUAUCUUCAGGCUUGUCCAAUAAUUAAAGAUUUCAUUGAUUAUUUCAAUCUUGCAGUUAAAGGAAAAGGACCAAAAGCUGUGCUCCACUUUUCCCAUGCGGGAGCUCUUAAGAAGGUUUUCACCAGACUAGGAUUAUUUCUCAACUCUCCCCCAUUGAUGGCAGACAACUAUUGUGAAUCUGAGUCACGUAAAUACCGGUCCAGUUUAGUUUGUCCAUUUAAUGCUAAUCUUCUUUUAGUGUUAUACAAAUGUCAUGAUGAAUAUUUUGUUUCAUCUUUUUUACAAGAAAAACCAGUUGUGUUGGAAGGGUGUGAGGAUUCAGUUUGCCCACUGAACACUUUCAAUUCAGUAUAUGCACCAAUGGCUUCCAACUGUAACCUUUAUGAAAUAUGUAGCUUACCUUAUGCUUGAUUUCUUCCUUAACACUUCUAGUUUCUAGCAAUAAACAUAAGUGAUUUCUACCAUUUUUACCUACUUGUUGAAGCCAUACCUACAAUACAUUAAUACAUACUGUGUUGUCGUAUCCCAGUCAGCCUGAUAAGUCCCGGUACUGGGCAAAAGGCCUCAUCAGUGCUGGAUUUGGCAGAUAUAAUGUGGUUGGAAUAUUUCUAUACAGUAUGUUUUUCUUUCAGUAUUAAGUUAUUAGAAAUACAUUUAUGCAGAUGUAAAAAAUAGACUUUAAUACAUUUAUCAGAUACAAGUUUGCUGAAACAUUGAAGUGUUAGAACUAAAUACUUGCACAAAAAGUAGGCAGUCAUUCCAUUAUUAUUAUUAUUAGGUACUUGGUCAACAUUAAAAAAAAAUUGUAAGCUUGAGCACUAAACAUUAAUAUAUGUAAAAGUAUUUGUAUUUUUAUAUCAGGCAGUUGUGCACGGUAGUAGAUUUAUAUGAUUAUUCUUAUUGCAAUGAAAGUUUAAAAGUUUGCACUGUUAAGGUGAAGAGGGUAUUUUGAUUUUUAAGAUUUAAAUUUUGUAUAAAUAAUAGAUUCUUUGAAAUUAUUUUACAUCACAAAGAUGUAGAUGCAAAUAUUGUUGAUUUAGCUAGGGAUAAAUAUGCGAGUUUUUCUGUGGAAAAGAACUUGUUUUUCAGAGAAGCAGUUGUACAACAGUUUGGAAAUGAUUUGUUUAUGAUAACCUGUACCUUCAUUUAUAUAUUCCUAAGCACUUGUUCUAACCACGAUGUUAAACUGUGAUUAAGUUAUUUAUCUAAUUUUUUAAUUUGUCGUUUUCCUUAAUUGCAGUACUUUAUGUGUUAUUUACCUUUUCAAGUGAGUGGAAGGUAAUGUGUUUAUGGUGAAUGGAUCCUUACGUGACAUUAUUACUUGACUUGUUUUAAGGAAAAGUCUCCAAAAUUGCAGUAUAGUAAUUGCAUUUAGUCUGAUGUACAUAUAGGCUUAUGAUACAAAGUAAUAGCAAGAGAUAUGUUCAGUGGAAGUUUGAUGUCUGUUUAUUAUUUUCAACACAUUACCUUCCACUCACUUGAACAGCAGAAGUCCAUUAGCAAACUUGGACAAAGUGUUUAAUAUACUGUCUAAAGCUACUUUACAAGUUCUGUUGAAUAUGUAUGUAUAAGCACUGGUUCAUAACAUUAAAUAGAAAAAUAAUUAUGAAAUAAAAAUAGACAUAAGUUCAAGAAAAGUUUGGAAGAAUAACAUAUUCAAAUAGGAUACAAAUUUAAUGUUCAUUGUACAUGUAGUGGCAUUGGUUUUAUUUUGGUACUGUGUAUAAGCAAAUAAGAUAAUUGUUGUUAUUUGUUAAAAUAUAAUUUUUAUACUCUUACCACCAUGUUGUUUGAAAAUAUGUUGAAUUAUUUAACAGUAUAAAGUAAUCACAAUAUUAUCAUUUGGAAAAUUACAAAAUUAUGUUCAGAAUGAGGUCACUUUGAAAUUCAGAAAGUUGAAAUUAAUAAAAUGUAAAUGUUUUAUAAUAGCUUUAUGGUGGCCAUUAUCAAUAUUUGUUGUUGUUUUUUUAGUUGGUUACAUACAAGUCUCCAUUACUUGACAAUCUUUAUUACUGAAUUUACUAAAAUACUACAUGUUUUGUUAUCCAGUGUAACCUAUCUGUAUCUUACAGUUGGUACAGCUAUUUGAAGUACUUUAUUUAAUGCUGUAGUGUUAUGGCAGUAUGACCCUUUGCUGAAUUUUAAGUUCUAUUAGUCACACUGUGAAUUGGUUCACUUGGGUCUUCUGGACAUUGAAAUUGUAAUAUUCAUUUUUCAUUUUAUCACAUUUGUUUGCUGUGAACUGUUUUAAUCUUUUCUGGAAAUUGAACUGCAUAAAAAUAUAGAAAAUGACUGCUGAUAUAAUCAAUUUGGAAAGCCUCUUAUUGGAUAAAUUUUUUUAUGAAGUAAAUGAAAUUAUCCUUACCGUGGCUGUUUACAAAAGAGCAUCUACUAUUUAAGUGGGAACACAGUCAAGUAAGAGUGCUGAAUUUCAAUAGGAAGGCUGUGUUUGAAGGUUUUUAGUGAGAAAAUUUCAGUUUGAAACAUUUUCUUACUUAGAUAGUCACCAUUGUGAAAUUCAUUAGUAGCAUCUGGUCUAUAAAAUAAUAUACAAGUAUUUCAAAAAUUGUGAGGGUCCAAAAUGGAUAAUUUAAGUGCAUAUUCUGUUUUAACAUGAUAGAUUAAAUGACAAUCAGUAUCAUAUUUUAAUGUAAGAAACAUAAGAAAAUCAGACAAACUUGAUCUUUGGUAAAUGCUUAUUUGUAUUUAGUUGUUAGUUAAUGUGGUAGAGGACAUUUUAUAUCCUAGAAUUUAUUUUUAAUCAGUUAGAUGAAACAUAUUUUACAUUGCAUUAGUUUAAUGUUAUCUGAAAUAAAUGUAAAUGCUCUUAAUUAUAUUUGGGUUGCUAUUUAACCAGUUUAUUGAAAGAACUUUAUUCUGUAAGUUACACACUAUUUACUUUAAGUAUUUUGGUAUUGGAAAUUAAAAGUUUUUUUCUCAUGGAAAUCAUUUGUUUUUCUU